GGUGAGGUGGAUCGGGUGGGUGGAUAGACUGGCUUUUUUUUUUUUGAUAAAUCAGCCUCUAAAUUCAGGGUGGAAAUCGCCUAGAACUACAAGUUGAAGAGAGCGGCUCACCAGUUUUUGCUGAAUUAAUACAAGAUCUUUUGUAAUUAAUAAGAGUCAGACAAGUUUUAAACCCUGUCACAUUAGCUGUGUCAUCUUAGUUGUGUUCUUUAACCUCAAAUCCUCAGUUUCCAAAAUUUACUUCACUCGGUAGUAAGGUGAAAUGCUUAGCUUCAGUGCUUAGCACUUGGUAUUCAUUAUUAUUACACUAUAUUUCCAAAGCAGCUACCUAAAAAGGUGUUCUUAUUUUAAAAACCGGCACAGUGUUCCGAGACGUGACAUUUCAGAAAAACAAAACUAUGAGGAUUCAUAUAUUCAUUAAUAUAUUGAAUGGAGAGCCCUGUUGAAGCAUUGGGCAUACAAAGAUGAAUGAGACGUGACCCUCACAGAAGCAGAGCUCAUAGGCUAGUUAGUCUAACCCUCAAAAGCUACUACUUUAAUUUGAAUUUUGGGAGUGUUGAGCAGCUGCUCUUUAUCAUUCUGCCUACUCACUUUCAACCCUAUUUCACUUCGAGUAGCUCAGUCUUGAAAAGGGAAGGAAAACUGGUCUGAUAGAGUAGGCUGGUAAGAACGGUCUGUCCUAGGAGACAUUGCCUAAGGGAAUAUUUACUUGCCGACUACAGUCUAUUGCAGUUAACUUCACCAAUGCCUGCCCUGUGUGCUUCUCACUAACAUGAUUCUAAGAGGAAUAAGAAAUCAUAGCUUUAGUUUGCUGAGUCAGGGCAAACUGGUUAGCCUAUCAGUCAAUAAAGUCUUUUAUCUUUCACAAAUUUAGCUGAUCAAAACUAACCAGAGAUCCUUGCCUUGAGCUUAAGUAGGCACGUUCACACAGGUUUUACUACCAAGAAUUAAUAGAAAACUAAGAUUUGUGUCUUUGCUGAUUCCCUUCCAAAUUAACUUUAUUUUUAUCUGUAAUAUUUGCAAGAACAUCAUUACUACAGCUACCAAGUUCCCAGCCACUUCUCUAUUUAUAAUAUAGUUAGUGAUCCCAUUUUCAGCAAUUUGAAGUACAAAAAAUAAUUUAAAGUUGGGAUUGAGCGACCCAUAUACAAAUGGAAUCACAAUAACAGUUUUCAGUUGUUGAAACAUACUAUGUGUUAAACAUUGUGCUAUUUGCUUUACUUCUUUGACUGUCACAAAGUCCUGUGAGUUAGCUGUUGUCAGUUUUUCAUAGAUAAGUCACAGAGAAUUUAAGUGUCUUGGUAAGCUUAGUAUACAGCUAAAAGUCCACUGAGGUGCGAUUUCAAUCUAGGUAUCUUUUGUCUCCACAGUCUUAGCUGUUGACCAUGGGAUAUAGAAGGAUGAGGGAAUUCAUUUCUUCAUGUAUUAGUUACCAGUGUAAUAAAUUGUCAAAGUAGUCCAGACAUUUUUUCAAAAAAGUAAUUUCUUCCCAGCUCUAAGCUGUAUACCAAUCUAUUAAUAUAUAAGAAAUAUUAUCUGAAAAGGUAAUUGUAAUAUUUAUUUUCUAUUACAUACCACUCUAUUUAGUUUAUAUGGACUACCUGAAACUAAAUUUCAUUUCUUUAAAAAAAAAAAAAUCAUUCAACUUACUGUUACUUUGUAUGGGUACAACUGAAAUGCAUUUUAGAUGUUUAUGUUUCCAGUGCUCUGAUCCUUGGUGAAUACCUUCAUUUUCAGGAUUAAAGACCCCAAGUCCAUUUCUGUGUACAAUUUUUACAACUCCAACAAGUCUUACAUACCCUCUGUGUCUCAGAACACUAUCAUCUCAUAUUGUUUCUUAUUAUCACGCAGUGUAGCAGCUGCCACAUCCUCUGUGCUUCCUGCUUGGUGCUAUGGGACUAUUUCAGAUGCUCAUAGGCACCCUCUAGGUUAGACAUUAUCUUUUGCCCACCUUGACUGGGGUUUUGCAUUUUUGCAAGUCACAGCCUAACAUGGAAGUGAAAGGCAGGGUUUGACGUUCCAGUGCUGCCAUCUGUUGUCAGUGUGCUCUGUCUGCAUUUAUUGCCUUGUCUCAGCCUACUUUAGAAUUUGGAAUCGUAUGUAAUCUCAAUACUGGUGAAAUUAAUUUUCCUAGGGAUAAUAAAAUCUUGAUACUUCUGUUUGCAGUUGCAUUGGCAGAAACCUCCAAUAACUGUUUCAUGAGUCAUGUUUAUGUGAUUAAAAUUUUCUAAUAUAAAUUAAACAUGACAGUCUUGCUUUAGGAACUUCCUACAGAGUUUUAUCAUAAGGUAUUACUAUGAAUAGAGUGGGGACUCGGAAAACUGGGGAAAAAGGGAAGAUGCUAAAGAUUUCUUUGGUAGGUACUGGUAAUUAGCUGCAAGGUUAGUAUAGAGUUCAAACAUUUAUUACUGCAUCAUUAAUUACAAAGGCACUGUGGUGAAUGGACACAGAAGAUCUCCCUUGGACUGGAGAGGGAGACUACCAUUUAUUGAAUGCUUGUGUGACAGGCCUUGUACUAAGCUUCACAUGUUUCAUUUACUCUCCAGUAAUCUACCAAGAAAAGGAAAAGGUAUUCAUUAAGUUCCAUUGGUUGCUAGAAACAGUUGUAUGAUGAAUAAAGAGGGCCAGGGAAAACCCACUACCUUUUUACUUUAGCAAUGUAGGAAAAGUCCUGGAAUAUCAUAUUCAUAUGUAUUAUUUAUAUUAUAUUCAUUCAUUUAUGAACAGUUUUCAACUUCAUAAUAUGCAUACUAAAGAAGUUUGGGCAUUCCAAAGUGAUUUAUUAGCCUCAUUGUCCUGGUCAUUUCUCUUAUAUACACAUGUGGAAUACCUGUUUGAUCUCCUGUUCUUAAAACUUGAGAAUUUUGAUGCAGUGUUGUAGGAUUAGCUCAAAAACCUCCUCUAAGAAACUUUCCUUUUUUCACAUGUGGUGCUAUAGACUCCAUCCCUGUUUAGUUUCCUGCAAAUACCUACUAUAACAUUUAUCAUACAUUUUUUGGAGCCCCUUAGACUGUAAACUCCAUAGCAACAAUAACUGUAUCUUGCAUACCUUUGAACCCCAGUUCCUAAUGUAGGACCUGGAAUAUGGUAGGAAUGCUGGAAACAUUUGUGUGAUCAGUUCAAUAAUGAAAACUUUACAACAGUCCACCAAGGAAAUUCUAAAAACAGCCCCUUUUCAAGACAUACUUUUGAUACGUACUAGAGAACAUAGCUAAACACAUGUUUUAUAUUGGCUCAGGAGUUAGGAAUAUCUAUAAAAUAUAUGUUAAAUAUAAAAUAUAUAUUCCUUUAAAAUCCAUGGAAUAUUUUCCCCAACCUAAAGAGAAAUGAUCAGGUUGAUUUGACUAAUAAAUCCAGUAUAAUUUAGGCUUCAAGAUUUUACCUAUUCCAUAGUAAAAAAAUGUACGAGAUAGUACAUUUUGUAUGCAGUAGCCAAACCUAAAAAUGAAAUACAACAAAAAAAAUUUUUUAAAAUCCCUAUUACUCUCUUUUUAUUCCCUUAUACUCUCAAAUAUUGACUAUAAAUGCUUUUCCAUUGUUCCUGAUCUACAUUCUUCAUUUACCCUUUCCCACAGCUCCAGGUUUGGGUUAGCAUUAUCUAAAACCACCAUUUAUCAGCAGUGGUAUCAGAGUUUACUAAUCAUUGAUUCUUCCUCUUUCAUCCACUGUCAAGUUACUGUUUACUUCUCAGAUUGUCAGACUUUACAGUUCAAACAGAACCCCCUCAUCAGCCUCUGUCUUUUACAGUUCUUCCAAUUUAGUUCUACAAGGGACCUAAAAUGAUUGCAUUCCAAACACCCCUUAAAGCUAAUUAUCUUUUCUUUGCACUCAUAUUAAAAAGUAUAAAAAUAUUUUAAAUGAUUUCAUUAGACUUUUUAUAGUCUUCAAAAUGAGCAAGUCAGAAAAGUAUAGUAUAACAAUUACACAAAAAGCCAUGUCACAACCAUUGUUGGAAAUAUAAUUUGUUUGGUUCUCGGUUGAUUGUAACUCACUCAAAACUCAUUUGGCCUACAAUGAGGUAUCACCUCACACCAGUCAGAAUGGCCAUCAUUAAGAAGUCUACAAAUGAGGGAGGUGGUAGCAACAUGCAGGAGGAAAGAUGGAAGACUACCAGGCUACCGAGGAGACUGCUUUUGUUGUUGAAGUGAGCAACAUUGUAAAACAGGCCAUAGAAAGUGCAAUCGGUGGCAAUGCCUAUCGGCACAGCAAAGUGAAUCAAUGGACCACAAAUGUAGAACAAACUUUAAGCCAACUCAUCAAGCUGGGGAAACCAUUCAAACACAUCGUGACCUGUGCUAUCAUGCAGAAGAGUGGAGCAGGACUACACACAGCAAGUUCCUGCUUCUGGGACAGCUCUACUGACAGGAGCUGCACUGUGCGAUGGGAGAACAAGACCAUGUACUGCAUCGUCAGCGCCUUCGGACUGUCUAUUUGACUGCCUCAUCCAGCCCAUGAUCUCUCCUUUUGUCUCAGCAUUUCUCUUCCAUCUUCUAACCACCAGCCAUCUAUUCACUGAACCCCUUUCUCAUUCCCUUUAAGUGUGUUUUUGUGGCACUCUCAAAACUUAGAGAAAAAAACCAAGUAACCGCACUGUUCUGCGACUUGCACAGCUUAAGUCAGAGGACUGGCUCACUCACCAGAGGCAGUCAGGAGCCUCUACUGUCGCUUGUCUUAACUGAUUAUUUCUCUUCAAAGGUGCUAAAAGCCGAAAUCUGCUAGUGUGAAACUUUCUCUACUCUCUGAAAUGAUUCAAAUACACUAAUUUUCCAUACUUUGUACUUUUGUUAGAAUAAUAAAUUAUUCCAAUUUAAAAAAAAAAAGAAGUCUACAAAUAAUAAAUGCUGCAGAGGGUGUGGAGAAGAAGAAACCCUCCUACACU